CUGGCAGGGACAUGCGUGGGUCUGUCCUGAGCCCCGACGCCUGCUCCUUUGACGAGACUGGGAAGGGGGAUGCACAGAAAUACACCCUGCCUGGCUGCCGCCGUGUGCUGGGGAAGCGAGCCUUCACAGAAAUUGGCCUCCUCGGCAUUUACUAGGUCUCGGUACAGCCACUUAGAGAAGAUGACAGAUUUGGUGGCUGUUUGGGAAGUAGCUUUAAGUGAUGGUGUUCAUAAGAUUGAGUUUGAACAUGGGACGACUUCAGGAAAACGUGUUGUCUAUGUUGAUGGAAAGGAAGAGAUAAGAAAAGAAUGGAUGUUUAAAUUAGUGGGUAAAGAAACAUUCACUGUUGGAGCAGCCAAAACAAAAGCUUCUAUUAACAUUGAUGCUGUCAGUGGUUUUGCAUAUGAAUAUACUUUGGAGAUCAAUGGGAAGAGCCUGAAGAAGUAUAUGGAGAACAGGUCAAAAACAACCAAUACGUGGGUGCUGAGCUUGGGUGGUACGGACUAUAGAGUUGUUCUAGAAAAGGACACUAUGGAUGUGUGGUGUAACGGUCAAAAAAUGGAAACAGCGGGUGAAUUUGUAGAAGAUGGGACUGAAACUCACUUCAGUGUUGGUGACCACAGCUGUUGCAUUAAGGCUGUCAGUAGUGGAAAACGAAAGGAGGGAAUUAUUCAUACCCUUAUUGUGGAUGACAGAGAAAUUCCAGAGGCUGUGGAGUAGCCUCUAGUUAACUGAUUACUGUAGGACUGAGAUUGGGAAUUUUCAAUUACUGUGGUAAUUAUUUUAAUAUGUACUACUUGGUACAUCUCGUUUGUGCUGGGUUUAUUUUAGUUUCUGUAUAUGAAAUUAUUCUUUUUGAGGACCAGAUGGAAAUAAUCAUAUACAAGCUCUUACAUUACCAGUUUUUAAAAAAACUAUAUAAAAAUAUAUAUUAUAUCACCAAAUGCAGAGAGCACAGGUGAAUUUAAGUAGAAAUUAUAUACUAGAAAAGAAAUCUCACUGUAAUAAAAUGCAAUAUAAAUAUUCAGUAAGAGUGAAUCCGUAUAAACUGUGGGUGUAUGUGGAGGGAGGAGGGAGCAUGUGCUGGGCAUUGGAGUAAGCUGUUACAAUUUUCUCAGUAGUUAUUGUUUAUAUGAAAUGACUACCAAAGUUUUUCAGAUGCGGUUACAGAAGAGUUACAAACUUAAUAAAAAAGGUUAUUAAUGAAA